AUGGGCAAUGUAAUGGAUGGGAAGUCCGUGGAGGAGCUGAGCAGCACCGAGUGCCACCAGUGGUACAAGAAGUUCAUGACUGAGUGCCCCUCCGGCCAGCUUACCCUCUACGAGUUCCGCCAGUUCUUUGGUCUCAAGAACCUGAGCCCGUCGGCCAGCCAGUAUGUGGAGCAGAUGUUUGAGACCUUUGACUUCAACAAAGACGGCUACAUCGACUUCAUGGAGUACGUGGCUGCGCUCAGCCUGGUCCUCAAGGGGAAGGUGGAACAGAAGCUGCGCUGGUACUUCAAGCUCUACGACGUCGAUGGCAACGGAUGCAUCGACCGCGAUGAGCUGCUCACCAUCAUCCGGGCCAUCAGAGCCAUUAACCCCUGCAGCGACUCCACCAUGAGUGCCGAAGAGUUCACCAAUACAGUGUUCUCCAAGAUUGAUGUCAACGGGGAUGGGGAACUGUCCCUGGAGGAGUUCAUCGAGGGCGUCCAGAAGGACCAGAUGCUCCUGGACACGUUGACACGGAGCCUGGACCUCACCCGCAUCGUGCGCAGGCUCCAGAACCGCGAGGAGGAGGAGGGUGGGGAGGGGGCAGGCGGUGGGGAGACUGAGGCAGCCGGCUGA